GAAUCCAGCGGAAUUCACCGACAGGCAAACAGAAACUACACUAGGAGAGAGGUUAUUUUUGGGGGCUCAGUUUGUGCUCUGCUCGUGUAUCAGUCCGUGUGUUUCUGCACACACAGCUGACACGCUGAUCAGCACACGUAAUACACACAGAGGUUAUUACUCUAUCGUGUGUGUGACGUCACCAGGUCUCUGUAAACCGAGAGCAACACGCGCUUUUGCAAGGGAAACCGAAAGCGUUUCACUUCAUACUUUUACUUUCACUUUUCCUAAGCACACACUCAGCCGUCUGAAUACAUGCACGGGCGCCGCUAACAGCAGAUCUGCUGGUCCGGAAGGAUGGAGGACAGGUCCAGACACAUGCGCCUCAGAGAGUGGCUGAUAGCGCAGAUAGACAGCGCAGACUACCCCGGGCUGAGCUGGGAGAACGCGGAGAAAAACAUGUUCAGGAUCCCGUGGAAACACGCCGCUAAACAGGACUACAGACAGAACCAGGACGCGGCUCUGUUUAAGGCAUGGGCCAUGUACAAGGGUAAAUUUCAGGAGGGCAGGGAUAAAGCAGACCCAUCCACGUGGAAAACGCGUCUGCGCUGCGCCCUCAACAAGAGCUCAGACUUCCAGGAGGUUUCAGAGCGCAGCCAGCUGGACAUCUCAGAGCCCUAUAAGGUGUACCGGAUCCUGGAGGACAUCGGACGGGGGACAGACGCUGCUGUAAAUCCAGUAAUAUCACAGGACAGCGACUGCAGUAAAGCUCUCAGAGAGACACACCUGUCCAUGCAGGAGGACGAGUCCGACAGCGUUGCUGAAUGGACUGUGAAUGGGACAGCGUCUGUGUGUCCUGGUACAGGAGCCAAACCCUGCGCUAAUCUCCAACCUGCAGCUUUAUAUCCGCCACAGGUCCACAUAACAGACUGUCGUCUGGAGCUGCGCGUGUUCUACUAUGGGCGUGUGGUGGAGAGUGUGCUCAGCUGUUCUCCAGACGGGUGCUUCCUCCUGCAGGGCUGUGCUCCGGUGGGCAGUGAGCGCAUCUACGGCCCCUGCGCAGCCACACAGCUUUUCUUCCCCCCGCCGGACGUCGCUGCGCUGCCCGCCGGGAUCUGCGAGGCCAUGACACGCCUCCUGCCGCACCUGGAGAAAGGUGUGCUGCUGUGGGUCGCCCCCGAUGGCCUGUUCAUCAAGCGCUUCUGCCAGGGCCGCGUGUACUGGGACGGCCCGCUGGCGGAGCACAGACAGAAACCCAACAAGCUGGAGCGAGAGAGAACCUGCAAACUGCUGGACAUGAAGAUCUUCAGCCAGGAGUUACUAAACUACCGGCAGGGCAUCGGGCCCGAGCCGCAGUACACUGUGGAGCUGUGUUUCGGAGAGGAGUUUCCAGACCCCACGCAGCCCAAAAACAAGAAGCUCAUCAGGGCACAAGUGAUUCCUCUGUUUGCUGUGGCGGCUCUGCGCAAGCUUAAAGCUGAUAAUAAUGUGGAGAUGAAGCCCCCACAACCCCUCGCACAGGAAAACCAGUGAACACACCAGCUUCAACAGAGCUGCGUCCAUUCAUAUUAUAUAUAUAAUAAAAGUAAUAAUAUUAAUUAUAAUAAUACUGACAGUGCAGUACUGCAAUCU